ACCCUCCAUAAGCGGUGAAAAACGACACCCGCAUAUCAGGGCGCGUGUGCAGGACUGCAAGUUUCAUAACUUCCGCGGGAUAAAGAAAGAAAAACACGCGCACAGCGCCCUUGAGCCCUCAUUCUGCUCGACUUCGCACAGCACGCGGCAUAAACCAUGACGGGACGCGACCGAGUGGCGCAUCUGAUGAGACAGCUCGCGAGUGCAGCAUGUCGUUGUCCUGCUCACUCCCACACCUUCCACCAGGGUAUUGCCAAUCGUGCGCUGCGCCCGGUGUUGGGGAUUGUGGACCCCCUGCACACACUCCACAUGCCCUCCAGGGUGGCAGCCAACUCGGGCUUUGAUGUCCUCUGUCAUGCUCUAGAGUCCUACACUGCGCUGCCCUACUCUGAUAGUGUGUGUGUUCAUGGCAUGUCCUAUCCUAUAGCUGGGAACGUGAAGACCUACAGAGCCAAAGAAUACAGCGUUGACCAUCCUGUUGUACCUCAUGGUCUGUCGGUGGUGGUGACGUCUCCAGCGGUGUUCUCCUUCACUGCCAGCAUGUGUCCAGAUCGCCACCUGGAGGCGGCUCAGAUACUGGGAGCUGAUAUCAGUAACGUGAAGCGGGCUGAUGCCGGCUCUAUUCUGGCUGACACUCUCAGGAGCUUCCUGUUUGACUUGCAGGUUGAUGAUGGAUUGUCGGCGCUUGGAUACAACAAAGAUGACAUCCCUGCUCUCGUCAAAGGCACUCUACCUCAGGAGCGGGUCACUAAACUGUCUCCCAGGCCUCACACAGAAGAAGACCUGACUGAACUCUUCACUGCAUCCAUGAAGCUCUACUAACACACACACACACACACACACACACACACACACACACAUAUUGACAGUCAUACACACACUCUCUCACAUGCACACACACACACACUCUAAAGUACUAGUAUCUAUUAA